GUUUGGCCUAGACAACAAAUCGUAAACCAAAUUCGGCGUCAUUGUCUUUUUCCACUUGUCAUCGCAUUUGCAGCAUACGUAUCCGCUAUCCUCUUUCUACCCUGGCAACAAGACGCGCAACCAAAGGCCAACUGAGUACCGAUACUUGCUUUCGAACCAAAUCACAUCUGGAAUCCCAAUCCGACAUACCAUGGCCGAAGUCGAUACCAGGCAAGAGGAGCCUGUCUCCGCCGUAAUUGAACAAGCGCAAGCCGGAGAAGACGCGACAGACGCGCAGACACAGGAGCUUGCUCUCACCACAACGAACACCGAAGUCGCCGCCCCAACAGAGAAGAAGGUCAAAAAGAUCAUCCGGCGCAAGAAGAGACCGGCGCGACCUCAAAUCGACCCGGCGCUAGUCAAAUCCGAGCCGCCCCCGCAGACAGGAACAACGUUCAACAUCUGGUACAAUAAGUGGUCCGGUGGCGAUCGCGAAGACAAAUACCUAUCCCAAACACACGCAAAGGGAAGAUGUAAUAUCGCCUUGGACACUGGAUACACGCGCGCCGACGGAGUAGCAGGAUCGUUCUUUUGUCUGUUUUUUGCGAGGGGCGUCUGUCCCAAGGGCCAGGAUUGCGAGUACCUCCAUCGACUACCUACAAUCCACGACAUUUUCAACCCCAAUGUGGACUGUUUUGGGCGCGACAAAUUCAGCGACUAUCGUGACGACAUGGGCGGUGUGGGCAGCUUUAGCAGGCAAAACCGGACAAUUUAUAUUGGUAGAAUCCACGUGACGGAGGACAUUGAGGAGAUCGUGGCCCGUCACUUUGCCGAAUGGGGCCAAAUAGAAAGAAUACGUGUGCUCAACACGAGAGGUGUGGCGUUCGUCACUUAUUCAAAUGAGGCAAACGCCCAAUUCGCCAAGGAAGCAAUGGCCCACCAGUCACUAGACCAUAACGAGAUUCUCAACGUUCGCUGGGCGACAGCGGAUCCCAACCCCAUGGCGCAGAAACGCGAGGCAAGACGCAUCGAGGAGCAAGCCGCCGAAGCCAUUCGACGGGCGCUGCCUGCCGCGUAUGUUGCCGAGAUCGAGGGCAAAGACCCAGAGGCGCGGAAACGGAGGAAGAUCGAGAGCAGUUACGGCCUGGAAGGAUACGAGGCGCCAGACGAGGUACACUUUGCCCGGGGAAAGAAUGCGGUCAACCCAAGGGGUCGCGAAGGGUACGAGCUGGAGGAUCAGCAACUGCUCAUGCUCGAAGCUGGGGAGGCUGGAGGAUGGGGACAGGAGCAGGAGGAAGAGGCAUAUCCUCAGGAACAACAACAGAGUUCCGGUGGGAUCUUGUCUGGUAGCACGCUUGCUGCGCUACAGUCUGCUAGAGUUGCAGUUGCGGCAAAACCGAAAGCACCUGUCUCGGCGGGACCGCUGGUGGCUUAUGGUAGUGACGAUGACAGCGACUGAGACAUAACUGGGAAGAAGUUAUUUUGGUAAUGAUGAUAAGAGAAUGAGGCAGCAGGAGCCAGUGCAUAGAUGCCAUUUUUGGCCUAGGAAAUAAUAAGAUACCAAGUUAAGAGCGUUUGAACAUGUGCCAUACAGAUUUGUGGCCAUGCUUUGACUCCUCCGCCCCCUUUUCCAAGUAAACAAAAACCAUUUCCCAAUCACAAUUCGCCCAUGUACCCCUUUUCACCCUCAACUCCCGGUGCCGUCCCCCCAGUCCUCCCCUCCCCAACUCAACUGUUGAAAAUCCUCGAAUAAAGAACCUCAUGCCUACCAAUCCACAAAUCCAUAACCGGCACGCUCUGCCCCGCCUCCUCCACGCCUCUCUCCCACUCCCUCUUCAUCAACGCCCCAAUCAUCUCCUGCACCUGCCUGCUCGCCAGCGUCUUCUGCGCCUGGUAGGGGCCAAACAUGCCCGCCCUCACCGCCGCGCUCACCAGCGCCUUCACGUGGCUAAGUAAAUAAACGUAAGCUGUCUGCUCGAGCGAGAGCCCGACGAGGGCGCAGAUGGCGCCGAAGAGGGGCGGGAGGUGGGCGGAGACGGGUGGAGGGUCGUUCCACCCGCUACUUCUUCCUCCGCCCGAUGUCGAUGGAUUGCUGCUGCUGCUGGUGGUGGUGGUGGUGGUGGAAGACGGUGGUGGCGCCCCUGCAGAUCUAAGCAAAGCCGAGAAAGGCUUGAGAAUUGCAGCCGCCGCUUCGGCAGAAGUAGACGAAGGCGGUAGCGACGAGGACAGAGAGCGGUCCCAGAUGGAAAGCAGCGCUCGGCCCUGGGCGACCGAUGCUCGACGGCCGACGGUGCAGACGAUGGUUGCGUCGAGGGUGUCGUCUAGCAGGGCGAGCUGGGCUGGGUCGCGGUGGGCGGCGAGGACGUAGGGGAGCGUGGUGGACGCGUAGGAGGAGAGGGAGAGGGGGAGGAAAGAGGUGAAGGAGGGUGGUGGAAGUUUGGUUUUGGGUGGUUUGUUAGUGACAAUUGAUGUAGAAUGCGAAGGGGAAGGAGAAGAUUUGUUGUGGGCGAGGUAGGAUUCGAGACCGCUGCUGAAGGCGAAGGAUCCGAGAGGCAGCGC